AGAGAGAGAGAGAGAAACCGCCCGUGCGUUUAACGCGCGUCUCCCUCGCGUCAAUCAUCACGCGACGCGCGUCGGAUCACCGGCGGCUGGGAACUCCAAGCGCAAACUCUCCCGUUAGUUUCAUCCGGGAGCCGCGGGUUCAGCAGCAGCAGCCGCAGGAAGAUGAUGUCCGCGGAGGAGGUUCUGGUCCCGGAUGACCGAGCCUUCAGCCGGUUCAGAGGCGAGUGUCAGUCCGAGCAGGGCUGGAGUCUCACCUACAGCAGAAACAGCAUCUGCGUGUGGAUCCAGGUGCUGCAGGAGGAGAAGAGCCUGCACAGGAUCAAGUGUCGGAUGCUGUGUAAGGAUAUCCCAGCUGAGACCAUGUAUGACGUGCUCCAUGACAUCGAGUAUCGGCGGAAAUGGGACGCGAAUGUCAUCGAGACGUUUGACAUCGGCAAACUGACGGUCAACGCAGAUGUGGGCUAUUACUCCUGGAAGUGUCCUAAACCGCUGAAGAACCGUGAUGUCAUCACCCUGCGCUCCUGGCUGCCGAUGGGCAACGAUUACAUCAUCAUGAACUACUCCGUCAAACACGCUAAAUAUCCUCCUAAGAAAGAUCUGGUGCGAGCCGUUUCCAUGCAGACGGGAUACUUGAUCCAACACACCGGCCCCAUCAGCUGCACCUUAACAUACCUGGCACAGGUGGACCCGAGAGGUUCUCUUCCCAAGUGGGUUGUUAACAAGUCUUCUCAGUUCCUGGCGCCUAAAUUUGUCUCCAGACACACAGAGGGCGCUGAUGUCGAUUUGCUGUAUGACACUAGAGUUCAAUGA